UUUAGGUAAGUUGUGACACCUCGCGGCCACCGUUAGUCGAAAUGUAAUACUUUCCGGUAAUGUACUUUGGAAGUUUUCUAAGACAUUAGGUGAAAAAAAGUACGUAGAAAAUGUAAAAUUGUCUUAGUUUAACCUCAUUGAUUAGGUUAAUCUAUGUUUCAUGUCGCUGCUUCGAGCGCGAUAAACUUACGUGAAUCGUGUAUGUAAUCGUCGUGUAUAUUAGAUAUAGUAACAUAUAUUGCAAUAGGGCGCCUCGAAGUGUAUUAAAACAUUGAUCGGUGCAGUGAAAGUGAUAAAAAGUAACGGAAUUCAACGUUUUCCUAUCAUGUAGCCAAUUUAUUGUACUCAGUAGUCUUUUAAGUUCUUAUUGCUAACCAAUGCUUGCGCUAUACACUUACAAGGUUAAAGUGCGUUGAUUCGUAGUUGUUGUUUUCCUCUGGGGGGGCAUUAGUAGAUAAAAGAAAUGAGUGGAGAUAUGUUUGAGGGAAAGGAUUACCCAACCCAAUGGGCAUUAAAUCCUUCCGCUUACCAAAAUAUGAGUAACGAUCAAGUUGAUUGGGCAGCAUUAGCUCAGCAAUGGAUCAAAAUGAAAGAGACUGUAGUGCCACCAGCACCACCUCCGCCUACUAUUAAUCCUAUAUGCCCUGGUAAUGACGGUAGCGGAGAAGCUCCAAUGGAUAUGGAUACAAAAGAAGAUGAUGUACCGCCAGCACCACCUGCACCAACAAUCAGUGGAUCGGCUGAAGCUUGGAAUCAGUGGACACAAUGGGGCCAUUGGAAUACCUCAGGUUCUGGUGCAGGUACUUGGGAAUGGACUGGUGUACCUCCCCCCGGUGUUUCUAUAGGGUCUGAUGGAAAACCUAUGGGAAUUCCAACAGUGCCUGUUAUUCCACCUGCUCCAACUAUAUCUACAACAUCAGAAUUUAGUGUGCCACCACCAGCAACACCAUCGUUGUAUUCUUAUAAUUCAGUACCUCCAACACAACCUUAUAGUCAGGUAAAUAGUUACUGGUCUGGGGAGCCACCUACUGCGAUACCUCCUCAGCCGACCCCUUUCAUGAAAAUUGUCAGACAUGCAAAUAGAGUAUCGCAUAUAAGGCCCAUGGAUACACUAAGGUGUCGUGCAGAUAGGGAAAAGACACCUGAGGAGGAUACAACAACAACCAUAGACGCGGCAAAACGUAGACAGUUGCCAGCAUGGAUUAGGGAAGGGUUAGAAAAAAUGGAAAAAGAGAAACAGAAAGCUGUUGAGAGAGAAAGGCAAGAGAUACUAAGGAAACAAGAAUUAGAAGCCCGAAAGCAAGCUGAGGACGAAGCUAGGGCUGUACUGAAUCCUUCUAAAAGUAAAUUUGAUUCUGAUUCCGAAAAGGAAACGGAACAAGAAGACGAGGGGGUACGUAAUCAACAGGUGACUGAAAAGAAUUUCGAACGUACCCCAGACAUACUUCUUCGGCCACGGAAAUCACGAUUUCGAGAUGCAGACUCCCCAGAUGCGCAUACGCAUACAGAUAGAAGUCCAACCACAUCUAACGCGACUAUAAACACUCCGAAACGAACGAGAGAGGAGAUACUGCAAGAUGUGAUGUUAAAGGUACGGAGAUCGUUGACGGAAAUUCUUCUGGAGGUAACGAACGAAGAAAUCGGUUCUAUAUGCAGAGAGGUUUGGAGCCGCACACGUGCCAAAGUCCCUGCAGGAGAGACCCCCGUCGCAUCCCUCAACAACAUGGCCCCUCUUGCUCAGAUCACUCGUAAGCUUGGUCUGGGCAUCUAUGGCGACAGCAACAGCGAGUCUGAGGAGGAGCAGAACGAACACGUCCAGGCUCAAAACAAUGAUAGCGACGACGAGCUUAUAGAAACGGUGAAACGACGGCAACAAGCGUUCAAAAAGACGGAGGAGGAAAUCGAGGCGCGUCUGGCAGAGGAGGAUGAGAGAGAAGAGCAACGUUACGAGGAGCAGUAUAAUAAACAACAGGAAAAUCAUACUGGUAAUACAAGCUGCAAAGAUUCAGUUGAUGAAAAAGAAACGAUAAAUAAUCAAAGAGAAGCGUCUGAAACUUUGUCGAGCGGCGGACAAAGUCCACAGCAACAAAUAGUGCCGCCUGAUAUGGCAAAGACCAAUACUCCAUCAGGGUCAGCCGAUUCCGAAUCUAGCAGUUCAGAGUCUACGAGCUCUGAUUCGAGUCGUAACUCGUUGAAGAAGAAAAGAUCGAGCAAAGCUCGUGAUCGUGAAUAUCGAAAAAGGAAAUCAAAAAGUAGAAGUACAUCGAGAGGCAGAAAGUCUCGAUCUCGUUCUUCCGAGCGUGGCCACAAACGCAAGUCCAGGUCUAGAUCGAUAAAGUCUCGUAAAGAAUAUCGUUCAAGGUCUUCGAGCAAUUAUAGGUCCAGCAAGAAGCACAGAUCGAGAUCGAGAAAUCGUAAACGGCAUAGAUCUCGCUCAAGAAGCUGUCGUAGAUCUAGAUCCAGCUCGGCCACCAGGAAAUGGUCGCGAUCACGUUCUAGGGGAAAGAGGAAAUCACGUUCUCAUUCGAGAGGUAGAAGAAGAAGUCGGUCCUAUUCUACGAGACGCAGUAAAUCCCGUACCAGGGAUAAGAAGAGAUCAAGAUCACGAUCCAGGGCUAGAGAUAGAUCUCGAACCCGUUCGAAGGAACGAAAACGCUCGCAAUCUUACGUUUCUAGGAGCAAGAGAAGGACACGAUCUAGAUCUAGGGAUCAUAGAAAAUCACGAUCGAGAUCAAGGCAGUCGAAUCAUCGGGACGGUAAGAAAUCGUCGUCACAUCGGUACAGGAAUUGAACCUGACCAACUUCUAGCCAAGGUUGUAUAUACAUAUUCAUAAUUAAGUAACUUUUUGAGAUAUUCGCACGGAAUUAAAUGGAAGAAUGAAACAAAUCGGAAAGGAAAUAAUAAUAAUGAAAAGAGAAAGAAAGACAUACCUUUCGUGGUCCAUAGAUAACACACAAAUAUUAUCGAAAGUAAAGGUUUUCAUUGUGAUUGUCCAUUUGAAAUUUCCUACAUGCGCGCACUACUAGUGAUGUCGGAUAUCGAUUAGGUCAUUUCUUCCCAAUUUUAUUAGGUUCAAACAACAUAUUAUCUCUAACUGUAUAGUGCAUAUGAGUAUAGUAGUAUCCGAACAAUUUGUAAUUGUUUCGAUCUAUCAGUCUUCUAACUGUAGCGUUACUUCUGCAUAAAAACGAAUUGAUCUUUCUUUUUUUCAUUCGAUAUAUUUCUAAAGAACUCAUUUCCACGGAAUAUAAUCAGACACAUGUACCUACGCCAGCGAACUUGUUUCCUUCACAAUUCCGAUACUAUUAUUUUGUAACGAUGUAUCCAUUUUAUACAAACAAAUAUUAGCCUGCAUUUCGAAUCAAUCGUAUAGAAUAGCACGAACUUCCGUCUCAGCUAUAUCGGACGUUGAGUAUGUCUCACAAAUAAAUAACGAAUCACUAUUACUUCUCUCAUACAACCUUAAUUGCGUCAUUUUGCACCAAUAAAAUGAAACUAAUCAGGUACAAAUGAAUUUUAGUCGCUACAACUGAAAAUCGGUACAUUUAGAAAUCUACGAUUUUUUGGUUUUUUGUUGUUUUCUUGAAAAUUCACAAGUCUGUCUUUUAUGUGAGUGAUAUCCACCAAGACGAAUUUCAGUAAUAAAAUGAACUGUUAAAAUUCGAAUAAACGUGGCGCGUUAUUAAUACGUAUCGCAGAUUUGUCUGUUGGAUCAAUUAAAUGUAUUUAACAUACAUUCGACAUACGUUACGUUUUAGUGUAUUGUAUGGGACUGACAUACAUAUUGCUAUGAUAAGUGUAACGAGUCAUUUUUAAUUGAAAUAAAUAAAAAGGAAAGAAAAGAAAGAAAAAGAUGAAGUAUACCUAAA